AUGGCCCGCGGCGAGACGACCUGCGGGAGCGACGCGCGGCUGCGGCUGGGCCGGGACGUGGUGCGGCCCGCGCCCGCUCUGCUGGUCCCCGCCGUGCUGCUGGGCACCGCGCUCGGCCUCGGCCUCGGCCUCUGGCUCGGCUGCCGCUCCGCGCGCCCGCGUUUCCGGCACCAGAAAGACGACACUCAGAGUCUGCUCAGGAAUUUGGAGUCUAACAUCCAGACCCCGUCGGCAGCUGGGUCCCCAUCCAGGAGGAGGAAGAGAGAAGCACUGACUUCAAAGGAUGAGGAGCCUCUGGACGAAUACGAGCCGUCUUUCAACAGCAACAUCACAGCGUUUGCGCUGAAGGCGAAAGUCGUCUAUCCCAUUAAUCAGAAGUUCAGGCCUCUGGCCGAUGGUUCCUCCAACCCAUCUCUCCAUGAAACCUUAAAGCAGGCCGUCCUGCCGAACCAGCCGCUGGAGGCGUCCCCUUCCAGCAGCCUGGGGAGCCUGAGCCAGGCCGAGAAGGACGACUGCAGCUCCUCUUCCAGCGUCCACUCGGCCGCCAGCGACGACAGGUUCCUCGGUCGCAGCUUCCUCGGGGCGAGCAGCUUCCCCGAGGUGCUGACCUGUGAGAGUGUGGACCUUGACUUGUGUAUCUACAGCCUUCACUUAAAAGACCUGCUGCAGUUGGACGCGGCCUUGCAGCAGGAGAAGCACAUGAUGUUUAUUCAGAUUUUUAAAAUGUGCCUCCUUGACCUUCUCCCUAAAAAGAAGUCUGAUGAUGAAUUAUACCAGAAGAUUCUUUCAAAGCAAGAAAAUGAUUUGGAGGAAUCAGAAAAGAGACUUCAGGUCAAGCUGUCAAAUACAGAGAUGUUGGGUGGCAGAGACUCCGAAUACAUCACCCUGGCAGAUGUGGAGAAGAAGGAAAGAGAAUAUUCUGAGCAGCGAAUAGCUUAUAUGGAAGCUUUCUGGAAACAGAUGGAAAACAUCCAGCACUUUCUGGUGGACCAAUUUAAGUGUUCCAGCUCCAAAGCUCGACAGCUCACAAUGACUCUGACAGAAAGAAUGAUUGCAGCCGAAGGGCUGUUGCGUGAUUCUCAGGAUUUGCAGGCUCUGGACACCCUGGAGAGGACGCUGGGGCGGGCGCAUGUGGCCAAAACGAUGGAGUUCCUGAAGCUGCAGGUCCAGGAGGAGACCAAGUGCCGCCUGGCAGGCAUCUCCCACAGCCUGGAGCUGCUGACCAUCGAGGGGAAGCUGUCCGGGCGGGAGAAGGAGGACCUGCUGACCCAGCAGCACAAGGCCUUCUGGGAGGAGGCGGAGGGCUUCGGCAGGGAGUUUGUCCAGCGAGGCAAAGACCUGGUCAAGGCCUCGCUGGUGCGCCAGGCAGAGGAGAUGGCAAGGCUUACGCUGGCCCAACAGGAGGAACGGAGGAGCUUCCUGGAUGCGGGGCAGCUGACCGCCCACCCCGAGGAGUUCCUCCAGGCAUUUCACGACAUCCUGGAGAUGCAGAGGCUGACACGGGGUGACCUGGAGGAAGAGGAGGACGUCAGGGCUGCCCAGGCCGUGGCCGCACUCUGCCAGGAGCUGUACCGCAGUACCAUGGAAACUUUCCAGAAGUUCGCCGACAUCCUGUUCCUGCAGACGCUCCCCCGUGUGACCGACCUCUCCCAGGCAGAGUGUGAAUACCUGAGGCAGGAGGCCCAGGAGAACUCGACUCGGCAGCUGGAGAAGUCGGACCGCUUCCGGAGCCAGCAGUGGAAACUCUUCCAGGAUCUCUUAGAGCAGGAAAAGCAGGUGUGGAUGGAGGAGCAUGCACUGUCCACUCUGCUACAGACACACCUGAGAAACGACCACGAGAGCAUCAUCCACCGAGUCUUGGGCCAGCUUGGCAGCCUCAGUGAAGAGUCCACUCAGUACAUCCUGCAGGGGCACGAACUGCUCCUGCGCUCAGCUCUCCGGAGGCUGGCUCUCCGCGGCAGCGCCAUCACCACCCUGACCCAGAUGAGGCUGUCGGGGAAGAAGAGCCUUCUCCAGGAGCUGCGGGAGCAACACGCCCUGGAGCAGGGCUCCUCCCAGUGUCUGGACGAGCACCAGUGGCAACUGCUCAAAGCUUUGGAGGCGCGCGUGCUGGAGGAGGCUGGCAGGCUGGAGGAGGAGGCGCAGCAGACGCGCCUGCAGCUUCAGCAGCAGCUCCUGGCCGAGGCCCAGGAGGUCGGGCAGCUCUUGCAGCAGCACAUGGAGCGCGCCAUCGGGCAGGCGCUGCUGGGCCACGCGCGGAACUCAGCCUCCAGGAGCCGGGCCAAGGACACGGACGACUUCAAGAGAACGCUGAUGGAGGCGGCCGUGGAGAGCGUCUACGUGACCAGCCCUGGCAUCAGCCGGCUCGUGCAAGCGUAUCAUCAGCAGAUUGGGAGGGUCAUGCGGGACCACGAGGAGAGAAGGCUGCAACAUCUGAAGGUCCUACAUGGUGAAAGAAUGGAAGAGUACAAGUUGCGGAAAAAGCAAGAACUCGCCGAGCCUUCGUCCGGAGCCGAGGUGGCGGGUGGAGCUCAGGAAGCCUCCAGAGCUGUUCACCAGAGGAUGUUGGCGCAGCAGAGAAAGUUCCUGGCUCAGUUCACCGCGCACCAGCAGACCCGCCGUGAUGCGCGGAAGCGGAAGGCGAGGGUCAUGGACCACCUGGAAGCCCAGCUUGAGACCCAGCUACAGGAAGCUGAACAGAACUUCAUCUCAGAGCUGGCAGCAUUGGCCCGGAUACCUCUUGCCGAAAGCAAAUUAUUUUCAAAUAAACGUGGGCUCUCAGAGAAGCCCCUGAGGACCAAAAGGAAGAAGCCAGCACCCCGAGAGAGAGGGGACACUGGGGGUCCCAAGGACGAUGACCCUGCCUCGGGGGGCCCCACGUCAGGAUCGCUUAGCAGUAAAAGGCUGAGCCAGCAAGAAAGUGAAGUUGGUGACGGCGAGAAUUCCAAGAAGAUGCUAAAGAGAAGAAGCCAUCUGUAG